GCUGAUGACAUCGCAUCAAAAUUCGAAUCUGUGGCGGCGAAGUACCCAGAAGGCUUGAGCAAGACGGCACUGCAGCAGAUUGUAAAGGUUGAAGAGCAGAGGAUGGUGGAUUUGAAAGCUGGGAAAGCGACUGGCGAUGUAUUGCGCAGGGAUGUAAAAUUGUUUCCUGGUAUGCAAAGGGCUCCUGUAUCGACCUCACACGUGGGUCGAGGCGCUCAGCGCUACGAGGAUGGCAACCGUUUGUUGGACUUUGUUAAUCCACACCCUUCACGACCGGCUAAGCAGGGUGGCGGCGACGUUCUUCUCAUUUCGAGCUCGAAGCCGCAGAAGAGAGACUGGUUGUUGCCGAAGGGAGGCUGGGACCAUGGUGAAAAAGCCAGGGUGGCAGCGAGGCUUUACUUACUGGUCGUGGCGGUUCUACAGGUUGCGGGAAUCAAGCCGAAGAUGUUACCCAAGACCGAAUUUAAGAACAAGGACGGCGAGGGUCACGUCUACUAUCCGUUCAAGAUGACAGCCAAGACGGUGUAUGAUCAGUGGCCUGAAAGCAUGCGCUAUCGUAUUUGGGUCUCCUACGACGACGCGAUCAAACUGCUGGCGAAUCGCAAAGAGAUGGUCGACAUUGUGAACGCUGCGCGUGCAGUGAGAAAUUAG